AUCGCAUUGCUGUGCUAUUUCCUCUUUAAAUAUGUUGCCAUGUUCCCCCAGGAAACUAUGCUAACCGUACGCUGCAUUUCUAAGACACAAGUGGCUCUGCAUUCGUUUCCAUGGAGGAGCUGUCGUCAAUCCAGGCGGGCGCCCAGACGCGGGCUGCUGCCACGUUCUCCAACAUGCCCGACGAAAUCAUUUCGCACAUUCUUUCAUUUUUGAACGUCAUUGACAUAUCCAACAGCACUGUCGUGUGCAAACGAUGGCAACACGUCAGUCACGCCGCUAAGCUGCAGAAAAACGUCAUCAUCGACCUACUGAAAUGCAAGACGCAUCGACCAAUACCCGUGCCGGAUAUAAUCCUUGACGGUAUCGAAGUAAAUAUACACGACUUCUGCGAUCCCAGGGAAUCCGGCCUCAGCUCCUUGAUAAACAAAUUUGUCACGCCUAAGACCCGCAAUGUCAUCAUGCGUUGGUCGUUCGGUUCCUCGUCGCCGGAGCCGGUUCUGUAUUUUGACGAGACCUGGGAGUACGAAGCUAUUGAUAUACAGCGACAACUGUUCGACAUUUUCCAGAUUUUGCGCCGAACUGCUGCCCGUCAUUCGCUGGCCGGCAUUACGCUAACUCUGCAGAAUAUCCAUCUGGGUGCUGAUACAUUACAGCGCAUCAUUCCCGACUGUGUGGCAGAGAUCCAUCUGGAAGAUAUCACCAUGCACUGUCAUUUCCCGACCGGGUCACUGAUGAAAGAAGAGCCGCAGAUCGUGCGCAAAUUGUUAGUGGAGAAAGCCAGUGUCGGCAAGGUCAACGGCGCUUGGCCCUUCGAUAGGCAGGGACGGAAUGAUAACGCCCCAUCGUUCAUGUUCACUGCCAUUUCCACGGAGAAGAUGAAAUCCUUUGAGUUCUUUGGCCAGUUUCUGCCGGCCAGCCUGUCAGCGGAGGAAGAAGCCGUGAUCCAGCGGAAGGUGCAGUCGAAAGAUCCGGUUGGCGCUUCGCUGGUGUCCUACUUGUUCAUACAUGCUGGAUGGCCGAAACCAGCGGACGGAAUUAAUCCGCUGAUGCCGGUCAGCACAUUGAACGUGACUCUGGACCGGAUUCGGACGCUUCCGCUAUGGUUGCAGCAUCUCACUGUGCAACUUCUUAGCCGUUAUGCAGACUGAUGUCCAGGUGUUGGGCUAAUGGAAGUCGCAACGUUCGCAAUAGUUUAGAUUGGAUACUAUAGCUCGAUACUAUAAUUAUUUCGUUUACUCUUAGGUACACCUUCAGCACUAAAUAUUUUUAAUUCAUUGUUAAAAAAAAUUACAGCAAAGCUGCUAA